AUGUCUUGCAGUCCAUCGUUAAUAGAACCGACGUGUUCCAACUCUGAGAUCCAGGGAGCCGCAAAAAUGAGAAAAAAUGACGCUACUUCCAGACAUUUGGUUCCUCCUUCUGAUGAUAAUGAAAGUGAACAGUCAAAAUCUAUUCAAAGAAAGAGAGUGCUUCCAUCCUGGAUGCUGGAAAGAGACCUUCUGGUUCAGAGGAUUUCUGAGCCUGUAAUGGAAGGAGGUAGUCGAACGAAAAAAGGCCGAGGAAGGGGAGAAAGUAAUAUGGAGUCAUUAAUGUCACAAGUAAAUAUCCAGCAGAAAAGAAGACUGGCUUCUGAAGAAACCGUGGAGGAUUUUGAAGGUGAAGAGCAAGAUCAAGGGAAAAGGAGCUGUCUUUUCAUCCCUGCCCCUUCAUCUCAGAAUACAUCUGGAUUUCCUCUUGAGAGUACCAUGAGAAACAUGGAAGGAAAUGGCAAGACUGGAACAAAAAACCCUGGAAGUUCUCUGGAAAAACGUGAUAGGCAGCUGCAUAGUAAAUGUUCUAAAAGAAUAGGUCAGAGCUCCAGUAAAACAAAUAGCGUUGAGGAAACAGAAAACAAAGAGCAGAUUACUGGUUCUACAAGCCAACAAGCUCACUGGGGCAGGACUUCCCAAAAUUUUGGUGCCCAGGAAGGGACUCAUGAGCCUGAUGCAAAUCUGGAUUACGAGACUGAAAUUUCUGAUUCAACCAGAAGUGCAGAAGCUUCAGAAAGCUCCAAACAGAUCAAGCGUAAGAGGACACCUUGCAUGUAUGGAAAAAGCUGUUACAGGAAGAAUCCCAUUCACUUUCAGCAGUUCAGUCACCCUAAUGAUGAUGACUAUCAUGAAAUGGAGAUUGUAACUCAGGAUAACGAUGACAACCGGCCUGAAUGUCCCUACGGAAUGGCUUGUUACAGGAAGAAUCCGCAGCACAAGCUGGAAUACAAGCACAGUGCACCACCAGUAACCAAAAGAGGAACCCGACAACGAACCUCGAAGAAUGGGAAAAGGGCUGUGGGGAAGGAUGGUGACAAUGAUGAACCAAAUGAAUAUGACCUUAAUGACGGCUUUAUAGAUGAUGAGGAAGAGGAGGAGUGCGAGCCCACUGAUGAAGACUCUGACUGGGAACCAAGUUCAGAAGACAAGGAUAACGAAGAUGUUGAAACGCUUUUGCAGGAAGCACGUAGAUUUACUAAGACCAAAAAGUAG